AUGGCGGGCCGCUCAAAUGAUUCACCCCAGCAAGGUGGGGAUCGUAGUCGUGAGCGCUUGGGUACACUAGCCGGCGGUUUUCGUUUUAGAGGGGCAAUUAUGUCGAGCACGCGGCUCGGUGCGGAUGCAGAGCAACAGCCCUGCGGCAUGUCAAACACUACAGCCCGUCAGCACCCAGAGAUUACGGCUACAGGGCAGCAGCGUGAUGCAGCUGCACGAGCAGUUGGGCGUGAAAACCCGGAGUAUAGGGCUACAGAACAGCGGCGUAACACCGCUGCACGAGCUGCUGCCCGUCAAGACCCAGAGUACAGGGCCGCAGAGCAGCGACGUGACACCGCUGCACGAGCUGCUGCACGCCAAGACCCGGAGUACAGGGCCGUAUGGCAGCGGCAUGAUGCCGCUGCUCGAGCUGCUGCCCGUGAAGACCCGGAGCACAGGGCUGCAGAACAGCGGCGUAACACUGCUGCACAUGCACAGGCCCGUGAUCAGGUGCAUGCAAUACAGCUUCCGCAGGCCAGCUUGCUUGAGCGUUUGCGGGACCUCAUGCGGUUUCCCUGCUUGCACGAAGGCCACCGGCCUGCACUGCCUGAUUUCCUGAAGGUCAUUCCGGAAGGGCGCGUGCAGGAUUUGCCUGGCGGUCAACUUCCGGUGGAGCGGCAGGUACCAUACGAGACACACCUGCAGCUUGCUAGCAGCAUGGCCGCCGCGCUGCGUCGCCGCAUGCCUUCACGGGUGUGUGCCGUCUGCUCGGAGCAGUGUUCUGAAGACCAGUCGGCGCUUCAUGCUUGGGUGGACAUCCCCAACGUUGAUAUCCUACGUGCUGACAUCAUGUCCACUGCCGCCGUACCGCGUCAUGCGUGUACCCUGGCUUGGCGGCGCAUGCCCUGCACCGCCCAAGGUGCUGCACCCCCACCGCCGGAUCCGGUUUUACCAGCACGGUAUCGUGUCAGCAGAUCCGAGCAUGGCAGUAGUGCUGGCGCCGGCGCUGGCGCCGCUCCAGCGGCAUUCGUGGAUGAAGAUGUGUUGGCGGUUGACAGUGAUGGUGCAGGUCAUGGGGCUAAUGAGCCGGAUUCACCGGCAGGUACUGCAGAGGACACAGCCCCGGUGCAGGUGCCACCGGAAUUGCAGCCAUACCCACCAAGGGUGCAGCCACGACCUUGCCUCGAGGAUCCAUGGAGUGUGGAGGUGCCAUUCUGCAUGCGCCUUGAUGCGGACUUGCCAAACCGGACCAUGUUCCGUGAUGAUGCUGGCCCUGACCGAUUCACUAUCUGCACCUCUUGUGAGAAGGCACUGACGGCACGCCGAGUGCCUGAAGCGGCUCUGGCGCGAAUCGAUCCAGGCAACGUGCCGUCUACAAAUCACCUGGGCGACCCGUUGCCUGCACCCACGUUUGUGGAGAGUCAGCUGUUGGGUCGGGGCCGUCUCAUGCAGCAGCUAAUGAUUGUGCAUCUCACGGGCCGGCCCCCCGAGGUGUUGCCGUGUGCCGUUCAGUCACAUGGCAUCGCAGUUGUAAACCCCGACCCCAAUAUGCUACGAGGCCAGCUGCCCGCACGUGUUGCGGAUUUGGCAGGCGCCUUCACGGUGGUGUGCGUGGAUCAAGUCCGAGACCGACAGGACUUGCUGGAUCGCGUCCGCCGUGCACCAGGCCUGAAAGUUCGAGGCAACGUCAUCGUCGCCUGGGUGCGUUUCCUUCAGCAUAAUGACGAGGACGAAGGUGCGGUGGACGAAGAAGCUCUACAGGAGUAUGAGCGUAUGGGAUGUAUUGCACGAGUACCAGAGGCACUGCUGCACUCCGCAAUCGGUCCUACGGAUCCGGAAGUUGCUGGCGUACUGCGGAGUACGUUCCUGCACGACCGUACCGGCGCUGCUGGUGUACGACAGCUGCAGGAGACGUUGCAAGGAAACAUCGCUGGUGAGAUCAUUCACGGUGGUGGUGCUUAUGGAUCACCGCUUGCUACAGAUGCUGGUGCUACGGGCUUAGCGCCUGUCGCGGUCGUCGUGCGCCAACCAGCCGAUCCUGGUCCUCUCCGGGCUGAUGCCGAUCUGGGCGUUCCGAAUGAACUGGAGGUGGUCCUUCCCCAACCAGCUCCUGUUCCGACGGACAGCAGCGACUUUGAUAACCGGCCCAAUGUGGUGCAUGACCUGCUCACCGGGCGUGCACGUCUCGCAUUCGCUGCUGGCGGCCGUGGCGCUCAGGUCCUAGAUGACCGCCAUCCAGCCAUCCUUAACGUCUGCUUCCCGGUCUCGUUUCCAUAUGGUUUGUCCGGACAGCGGCCACCGGGUAUGUCGUUCGCCUCAUAUUGCAGCCACCUCGUACGGCGGGUGCCACGGGCGCAGUUCAGCAGCAACUUGAUGCUGCUUGCCCGAAUGUAUGAUAUCAGCGUGCGGCAACAAAGCAUGGCGCAGGUAGGAGUGGCCCUGCGUAUGCAACCACGACUGGGUGGACCAGCGGCACGGGUACCGAGGGAUGUGGUACGCACCAUGGCGGACAUCUUGGCGCUGCCAUACCGUCACGCCCAGCGACGGCAGCUGCUGUUGCAGCAGUCCCCCGUGGUGCGUGCCCUCCUGGAUGGCGCACGUGCCAGCCUCCUGCGAAUCGACCUUACAGAUACCUACUACAAUGGUGCAAAAGCCAUGAUGCGUGCGGCUGCCCUCACCAUCGGCUGGCCACCAUUGUUCUUCAAUCUCAACCCGGCGGACAUGCACGCUGGCUGCGCUGUUGUAGCCUCUGGUCAGCUUAUAGAGUUCGACGACGCCGGUCGUCCGACCCAGAUCAGCAGCAUGGUGGAAAAGUGGCGCCGCGUCAAAGAAGACCCGCACAGCUGCGCGGCACUGCUCAUCGCCACGAAAGAGGUGUUGGUGGAACAGUUGUUUGGCUUUGCACCUGGAGCAAUGCGGCAGACUGACCCUAACUGCUUCUGUGGGGUCGUAUUCGAGGUAGUCGUCAAGGUUGAACAGAGCGGGCGAUUGGCGCUACACUUGCACGGAGUCGCACACCUCGAGUGCUUCGCACUGGACAACCUUCAGGCGUUAUUCUGUGGACCCAACUGCCGAGCUCUGGCGCUUGCGUACGCGCUGUGCGAAAUGUGGUACCCCUCCCCAUACUAUGCUCCGACACCGGACAGCGGGACACAGCCUCUGGUCAUGUGUAUGUCUGAUGCGGAAGCGCAGCAGCACGGUCUACCCGUGCCAGCAGUGCAGGCGGACUGCCCACCUGCAGCAUACAACUUCGAACGACUGGCAGGGUGUGCAAACGGCGGACUGCCGCCUCCAUCGCGACAUGCCGCCUGCCGUGCCCAUCACACUGCCAUCAUACGCAGUACCCUCACCCACAGCCACAGUUCGACGUGCAAGCGGCAUGGCUGCCGCGGUACCGAUGACAGCUGCGGCAUGGCCUUUCCCCGACUCAUCCGCACAGCCUUCCAAUGGAUCGGUACCACCGGCCUAUUCUUGCUGCCCCGCCUGGCACCCAACCUCGUGCCACACAUGCCUGCCAUUGCCCUCGCCUUCGGCUGCAAUCAUUUGAUGUCCCUGGCCUGCGAAGUCGACCGGGAGUACACAGCUGACAUCGCUGCCCAACUAGCGCGUCCUCCCAACGAACGCGGUGACUGCUCCCUCCUACAGCCCGCCAUCGACCGCGCCCGUGACGCCGCGUACUACAGCUCUAAGUACACUGCAAAGACGAUUGAACGCAGCCAGGCGCACCUCACAUGCGCCGCCGUGGGCCGUGUACAGGACUUCAUGAUGGCAGGUCACCGACCCAGCGCCACCGGUGAUGGACCCAGCACGUUCAGCAACCUGUGUACCGUGGUGCACCGCAUGACGGCCACUAUCACGGCUGGCAUGGCACUGGUCGCCUUCAAACUGUCAGGCCACGAUACGUUCCAAGCAACCUACAAACGCAACUACCUACCGAUAGGUGCCUUCACUGCACUGGCGUCCGAAUCCGCCGUAGAACCAGAAGACGCGGAAACCGGUGUGGAGCUUGUAGAGGCGGACGAGCAUGGCGACUACACCCUCACCAGCGUCGUACAGAACUACACGCAGCGUGGAGUGGAGCUGAGCGGCUUGGACUGCAGCGCCUACAGCAUCGCAUCCAACUUCGAGGUGAAACGUAUAACGCCCGCGCAGCACCCCCAUGCUGCCAUCCUCAGUGCCCAAGUCCUCCCUGUACCUGGCCGCUGCAAGCGCAAAGCCCCUGGCGCCGCUAUGACCCCUACUACUGACGCACCUCCCGCCCCAUCUGGCACCCAGCCCACCGCCGUUAUGGCGUCCCCUGUGCCAGCUGGCCCAUCUGCAGAACAGCUGCCCACGAGCCCGAUGUCGACCAUACCUCCCAAGAAUAACAACACCGGGACACGGCUGCACGAGCUGCUGCCCAUCAAGACCCGGACUACAGGGCUGCGGAGCAGCAACAGAACAUCACUGCACAAGCUGCUGCCCGUCAAAACCCGGCUCGGCGGCACCGUAUUCAUGCUGCAGAAACAGCAGCAGCAAGACAACAGCCCAUCUGGCCAGCAGCUUACCCGCUUCACAACCAUGUUCGGCGGCAUUCAACCCACUGAAGCACGUGUUGCAGAUCUAGUAGACGCACUCAACCAACGCGUCAUCACGGAUUUGUCCGAUCUCACAGACCUCGAACCCCGUGUCGUGCUGCAACGGAACGAACCCAGGCACGCGCUCAACACACGCCUCCUGAUGCUCCAGGCACGCCGCAAAGGAGCGCGUUUGGUCAGCUGGAACGCGGACCACGUCCCGGUUAGGCAACAUGGUGCAACCCAACAACAGCCACUCUCCCACGUCGAAAAGGCUGUCGCAAUGCGAGUAAAAGACGCCACCUUCGACCACACCACCGCCGACACUUGGUACUACGAGGGUGCACGCUACACCCUACUCGACACCACUGCUGCCGACACCGGCGCGUGCCACAACAAUGAAGUCGAGGCGUGUGGCCUGCUUACCGACAGCCGUGAACCGCCCGACGACGGCCGCGGCCCGUACUGGCGCCUCCACUACCUACCUGCAGCUGUCUUGGUCCGUCCCAUUAAAGGGCACGCGCCCAAAGCGAUACUAGCAGACUUAGCGGACUUCGCAACCAAAGGUGCUGCCUUCGCCAUCGUACCACGGCCCUCACCGGCAGCAAACAUCACCGUGCCAGCCGCCAACACCGGCACCACCACCAAAAAUGUACGUCGAGUCAAUGUACCACUUGGUGACUACUACGCCGUCACCGACUACUUCGUACAGGGCCGUAGCUUCAAGGAAGAAUGCUGGGUCGCGGACCUUUCCGUCCCGCCCGGUGGCCUCAAGCGUGCAACCAUGUACGUGUUGCUCACCCGCUACAAGACACUCGACCACAUCCGCCUCCUCCGCCCGCUCUCUACCACACCCGACGAACGAACACGAGUCGUCAAACAGUUCAUGGCAGCAACCAAGCUGGACCCCGACCUGGCGGCCGAACUCCGCCUCCUCGAUCGCCGUGCAACCGAAACCCGUGAACGCUAUACGACCGAGUACAAACACGCCCGAAACCUAGAGGAGCGUUGGACCUCCACAGCCAACACUACCUGA